AGAACAGCUGCGGUGGCGGUGUUACUCACCUGAGCCCCAUACGCCCCUGGGAAUCACUUGUUGCAGUAGGAAUAAACUGGUUGCUAUUUAUUAUUUAUGACUCACACUUGAUCACUCUCAAGGUGGGAGGCCAAAAGUGCUUGUUGUUUGCUGUUGUUUCCGGGCAACCCUUACCUCACGAACGAUUUCCUCCGCGAUACACAAAGAAAACUAACUUCUUACUAAAGCCGCUAGCCUCCUGCGUAACCAGAGUGUUCAACGAAGUAUCAAAUUCUAAUGAUAUAUAUUAGUGAAUAAACAAUAUACAUAAAAGUACUCUGUCGGAGUUUGAAGCUGAGAGACGAGGUAAGCGUGACUGUCCACCCCUACACCGGGAACCACAUAAGGCGCUGCACCUUCUCCUUCAUCAUGACGGCGGAUAAAGGGAACAUUAACCCCGGGUUCGAGGACGGCGAUGGAGAGAAGCAGAAAGAUGCUACGGUGGAGGUGACCGUCAGCGAGGAACCAGGCGAGCCGAAGAGAGAGCAAUGGGCCAACCCGAUCGAGUUUCUCCUUUCCUGUAUCGCCAUGUCCGUCGGCCUCGGGAAUGUGUGGAGAUUCCCCUUUGUGGCACUGGAGAACGGCGGUGGGGCGUUCCUCAUCCCCUACAUCCUGGUGCUGCUCUUCAUCGGCAAACCUCUCUACUACAUGGAGCUCUGCAUGGGCCAGUUCUCUUCCUUCGGAUCGGUCAAGGUGUGGGAGGUGGUCCCAGCCUUCAGAGGUGUGGGCUACGGGCAAGCCAUUGCUACCUGGGCAGUGGUCACCUACUACGUCUCUCUCAUGGGCCUCACCGUCUACUACUUCUUCGCCUCCUUCAGCCCCGUGUUGCCGUGGUCAGUGUGCGGCUCCUGGUCCACCUCUAUAUGUGUGGACGCCAGCACCAACGUGACGGUAUUGGAGGAGACACUGGGCGUCAAGGCAACCAACCUCACCUCCGCCGCCGAGGAAUACUUCUCGAAGGACGUACUGAAGAUAGAUCCUGCAGGUCUAGCCAACGGUCUAGACGCCCCAGAGUGGCGACUGACGCUGUGUCUCCUCUUCUCCUGGGUGGUGCUCUUCGUGGUGUUGGCCAAGGGCGUCCAGAGCUCCGGUAAGGCGGCCUACUUCACCGCCCUCUUCCCCUACCUCGUGCUUUUUAUCAUGCUGAUCCGCGGAGCCACGCUGCCGGGAGCCUAUAAGGGCGUCCUCUUCUUCAUCACACCCCGAUGGGAGAAGCUGCUGGAGCCUGGGGUAUGGUACGCCGCCGUCGACCAGUCCUUCUUCAGCUUGUCGGUGGGCUUCGGGUCCAUCGUGAUGUUCUCCUCAUACAACUCCUUCCGUCACAACGUGUAUCGUGACGCCGCCAUCAUUUCCGUCACCGACACCCUGACCUCACUCCUCGCUGGCUUCACCACCUUCGCCAUCCUUGGCCACCUCGCUGAUACCCUCGGCGUGGAUGUGAAGGAUGUGGUAAAGGGUGGCGGCACCUCUCUGGCCUUCGUCAGUUAUCCCGAUGUGUUGUCCAGGUUCCAGUACGUCCCUCAGUUCUUCGCCGUGUUGUUCUUCCUCAUGUUGUUUACCCUGGGAGUGGGCAGCGCCUCCGCCCUCACCGGCUGUAUCAUCACCAUCAUCUGUGACCAGUUCCCUCAUUUUAAGAAGUGGAUGGUGACGUUGGCGGUGUGUGUCACUGGCUUCCUCCUUGGCCUCUUCUACGUUACCCCUCAGGGCCAGUAUGUCCUCGAGCUCAUCAACUACUACGGCGGAGGGUUCAUCAUCUUCAUCCUGGUGGUGUUCGAGGUGGCGGCCAUCCAUUGGGUUUACGGAGUCAACAACUUCUGCCGCGACAUCGAGUUCAUGUUAGGCAGGAAGACUGGCUACUACUGGAAGUUCUGCUGGGCCAUCCUCAUCCCUGCGCUGCUCUCCAUCAUCUUCAUCUACAGUCAGACCACCGCCAAGCGACUGGCAGUUGGGUCAUACGUCUUCAGCUCCGGCGCUAUCGCCUUUGGCGUCUGCCUGGCCGUGUUGGCGUGCUUCAUGGUGCCCAUAUUCUUCGGUGUAGAGCUUAUGCGUACACGCAACGGAUCCGCCUCGUUGUGGGAAGCCAUCUUAAAGACCUUCAAGCCAACUGCUGAGUGGUGCCCCAAGGACCCCAUCCUUCGUCAGGAGUACCGCCAGUUCAUCGCCAAGGACAAGCCUGCCCUGGAGGGCAUCGACAACCCCAUCCCUCCCGUGGCCUCCACCGUGUCCAUGACGUCACUCCACAACAGCUCAUCACAAGCCAACAUCGCGGAGUACAACACUAGAGUCUGAGACAUCACAAAGUCUUCCGUCAACAAAACUGAUCAAAAAAUUCUAAGGUUAUUUACCGUUUACAGAAUAAGAGUUGACUCACGAGAAGCAGCAGUGUCCAGGUGGGCCUAACACUGAACAAGGUUCUCACUCUGUAUCACCAUUGUUACGUCCAAGGCACAAACCAGACAUCUGUGAUCUUAGGAUAUGCCAGUACCUGACUAUCACGGUAAACAUCGUGUCAUCCACACCACCUCACCCAUAAAGUUGUUCAUUAUAUUAUAUCCUCCAGCAUCACACUCGCCUCGCCGUCACUAUCAUAGAACUGUAUCAUUAUAGUGUAGAAGUUGGUUCAUCUCGGCUGUUGCUACAAUCACCUCACCCGUAAUUCUAGUACCAUAUUAAGACAAGUUAUUACAGUAUAAACAUUCCAGGAUGAAUACCGGAGUUCAUUAAGAACAUUUUAUAAAUGUUCUUUACCCUCUCUCACUCACACUAGGUUGUGAUGUAUCUUGUAGUUGGUUGUGUAGCCACUUAGUGUAUUUUAUGUACAGCAAUCAUAUUUAUACGUGAAUAUACUUAAAACACAUACAAAUUAAUAAAUUAUGAAUGAA